CAGCAACGCUGUAUCCAACACCAACUCCACAUCCAACCACCUCAACAGGAACUGACGUCUCUUCGCUGCAAGUGGAUGGAAAAAAAUGCAGCUGCAGGAAAAAAUGGCUCCAAACAGCGCACCGCUAAAAGGUGUUUAAAGAUUUGCUACGCAACCCUUUGAGCCACACUGACUUAAAAACCGUCACACUCAUGGCACUUUCCAGUUGACAGAAUGGCCCAGAUAUCAAGUGGUAAUGGGUUCAAGGUGGAUGUCCCUCAGGCAAAGGGGGUUGUGGGUAAAGAGGAAGCCCUUCGCAUGGAGGAAGAGGCUUUAGCAAAAUUGCAAAGGGAUAAGAGACACACUCUUCCAGCUUCAACAUCCUCAUCUCCCUCUGCAGCAUCCACCUCAAAACCAAAACCAUCUAAAUCUACCACUACUGCUCCUCGACCUUUACCCUGUACUAAUAGACCCGAAAAGGACCUCAUUGUCUUCCCAGAGACCAAGAAGCAGGCAGAGCCGGACACGUUCAGGGAUAUUGAUGUGGACAAGCUGACCAAUGAGGAACUUGAAAAGCUCCUACUGGAUGAAAACUUUGGGGUUAACAGCAAAGUGUCGCGCCCCUCGUCACUACUGGGGUUUAACCUCAGUGCCUCCUACCCUGGAGGCCAUUCCUGUAGCUCUCCUUUCCAGAGCGGCCAGUGGACACCUGUUCUGACCACCCCGUCUAACUCCAGUGGGUCCACUCCCACCCAUCAGCCAGCCCCAAUGUUCCCCUCUGCUCCAUUCCCCAAACCAGGCACAUUUCAGAAUGGCUUCACUCCAACCAUGUCGCCAUUCAUGACCCUGACGGCACAGCAGCCGUCCUUCAUGGCCUUCACUCCCAUCCAGCCCGCUGCUGCCAUGGUCUUCCCACAGCCAACAGUAGACCCAGGGAUGGCCAAACUGUUCGACAAGAUUGCCAGCACCUCAGAAUACUUGAAGAAUGGCAAAUCGGCCAGCACUGACCUAGAUUCCUCUCAAGUGGGCACAGCUUCUCUGGCACCGAACCCGCCGCCUCAGCAGCCAGCAGUGGUGGAACCUUCUAGCAUCAGCCGCUUUGAUUGGCUGGAUCUGGACCCGCUUACAAAGCGUAAAGCUGAGAAUGAGGAAGCGCCCCUGGCAUCAGGAAGCACUGCGCAGACAGUACCAGGAGUCGCAGGGGAUCCUUGGGAUGCAGUGCUUGAGACUGAAGGGAGCAGGAGCAGCAGCCCCCCGCAGGAGGUGAAAGCAUCACUGUCAGUUCGCACACAGCUCAGGAGAGCAUCAACAGGAGCGGCUGUCACUAGGAGCCACUCGCUCAACAUCCCAGGGACCUCCUCCCAGCACAAACCAAACAAUCAGGACAAGGGAAAAGGAAAAGGUCUGGUGAAGAAUGCCGCCCUGGAAGAACCGGACGCUCAAAACCUGGAGGUUGUCGCCUUCUGUGAAGACGUAGCAACUAUGCGCUCCAAAUUCCCUCAUGGCGACAUGUUCACCAACCCCGGCUUCGUCCUGAGCCCCGUCAUUACCCAGAGAGACAGCGGAGGGGACAAUAGCUGCUCUGUGAAGGUCUCUAUUGAAAUCUCAGAGUCUCAGCAGCCCGUAACCUUCACCUGUGACGUGAGUUCUCCAGUGGAGUUGUUGAUCAGUCAGACUCUCUGCUGGGUCCACGAUGACCUGGACCAGGUCGACUUCUCCAGCUACCUGCUCAAAGUCUGCGGCCAGGAGGAGGUGCUGCAGAAUAAACACAGCUUAGGCAGCCAUGAGUACGUCCAGAACUGCAGGAAGUGGGAGAAUGAGAUCACAUUACAACUACUCUCUCGUUCCACCAUGAGACGAGACUUGGCACGCAGCGCGGAAGAUGACAACUCUGUGGUAGAUUUAGAGAAGCACCUGGGCCAAGUGGACAGGCCAUUCAAGGAGAAUGUCACCAGACAAGGCCUGGCUGAUUAUUUAGAAGGCUAUCACAAUCAAGUCAACAUCUGCCUACAAAAUGAGAGUACCCAGUAUAAGACGGUGGACCGGGUGGUGCAGACUAUGAAGAACCUAUGCUGCGCUCUAGAUGAGGUGGAGACCCAAGCCAUUACAGAGGCCAUCAAAAGGCUGCGACACUCCAUCAAUUUACCCAGGACGCGCUCACCCAAGUUGGGGUCCACAUCGCCGGGUCAAUCAUCAAAUGGUCACAGCAGUCCCGUGGAGGAGGGCAUGGCCUUACUGACGCAGGCUGUCUACGACCUGGCCAAGCUCUACCUGCGCUCCUUCUGCCCCCCAUCCGCCUCCUUCAACUCAACUCCGCUGCCCCAGGGUGCAGACGGAGACGGCGUCGAGGGGAGGAGCAGCAAAGAAGCUUCUGGCACCACCGACCACCUUCAGUUCACUCUGUUCGCCUUGCACGGCAUCCCGGGCAACUGGGUCAGCAGUUAUGAGAAGUACUUCCUGAUGUGUUCCCUCACCCACAACGGCAAGAACCUGUUUAAACCGGUCCAGUCCAAGAGAGUGGGCACAUACAAAAACUUCUUCUACCACAUAAAAUGGGACGAACUGAUCAACUUCCCCAUAGCAGUAGCUGUUCUCCCGUUGGAGUCCAUACUGAGCCUGACUCUGUUCGGGGUGCUGAACCAGAACGCCAGCGGCUCUCCAGACUCCAACAAACAGAGGAAAGCUCCAGAGAUGCUGGGCAAAGUCUCUAUGCCGCUCUUUGACUUUAGACGGGUGCUCGCCAGGGGCAGCAGGUUGUUGUGUCUGUGGACGUCUGCCCAGGGAGCUGCUGCUGCCGCCGGCUCCACAGGCAGCCGCAAGAGGAUGCCCGCAGAGAGAAUAGUACUACAGGUGGACUUCCCCAACUCAGCGUUGGAUGUUUUAUAUGUGGGACCCAAGGAAGAACCCAGACCGGACACCAACACACUGGAGGAGCUGGAUCCUGAUCUGCGACGCAAACUGGAGAAAAUCUGCAGCCGAGCCUCCAACUUUGGGCUGAAGCGGGCAGAUCACCAGCUUCUAUGGGACCAUCGGCUCCACUGUCGGAAGGACCACCCCAGCAGCCUCCCCAAAGUGCUGGCCAGUGCGCCCAGCUGGGACUGGGCCAGUAUGGCUCACAUCCACUCCCUGCUGCACCACUGGCCCCUUCUGCCCCCCGUCACUGCGCUGGAGCUGCUCGACUCAAAGUUUGCAGAUACAGAAGUGAGAAAUGUGGCUGUUAGCUGGAUUGAGAAGAGCAGUGAUGAUGAACUGGCUGACUACCUGCCACAGCUAGUACAGGCACUAAAGUUUGAGUGUCACCUAAAGAACGCCCUCGUCAUGUUCCUGCUGUCCAGAGCGCAAGGCAACAUCAACAUUGCCCACUACCUCUACUGGCUGCUGAAGGACGCUGUCCAGGAUCCCGCCUGGGGAAAGCGUUACGAGCGGGUGCUGGGUGCCUUGCUGUGUGUCUGUGGAGUCAAGCUGAGGGCGGAGCUGGAGAAGCAGACUCACCUGGUCAACCUGCUGGGAGCCGUGGCCGAGAGGGUCCGACAGGCCGGGGGGUCUGCACGACAGGUGGCGCUGCAGGAGGGCCUUGAAAAUGUUCAGAACUUCUUCCAGAGGAACAGCUGCCGGCUGCCCCUCAGCCCCAGUCUGGUGGCCAAAGAGCUAAACGUCAAGGCCUGCUCCUUCUUCAACUCCAACGCAGUUCCCCUGAAGCUGGCCCUGGUCAACGCCGACCCACUGGGAGAAGAGAUCAAUGUUAUGUUCAAGGUUGGAGAGGACCUGAGGCAGGACAUGUUGGCCCUCCAGAUGAUCCGCAUCAUGGACCGCAUCUGGCUGCAAGAGGGGCUGGACCUCCGCAUCGUCAACUUCAAAUGCAUCUCCACCGGCAAGGACAAAGGCAUGGUGGAGCUGGUGCCGUCUUCCGACACCCUGAGAAAGAUCCAGGUGGAGUACGGCGUCACCGGAUCCUUCAAGGACAAACCGCUGGCAGAGUGGCUCCGCAAGUACAACCCUGCUGAGGACGAAUAUGAGAAGGCAUCAGAGAACUUCAUCUACUCGUGUGCAGGAUGCUGUGUGGCGACCUACGUACUGGGCAUCUGUGAUCGCCAUAAUGACAACAUCAUGCUGCGCUCCACCGGUCACAUGUUCCACAUCGACUUCGGCAAGUUCCUGGGACACGCCCAGAUGUUUGGCAGCUUCAAAAGGGACCGCGCUCCGUUCGUUCUGACCUCUGACAUGGCGUACGUCAUCAACGGCGGCGAGCGUCCCACCAGUCGCUUCCAGCUGUUUGUAGACUUGUGUAGCCAGGCCUACAACCUCAUCCGCAAGCACUCCGGGCUUUUCCUCAACCUGCUGUCACUGAUGACGUCUUCAGGCCUCCCGGAGCUGACCGGCUCUCAGGAUCUGAAGUAUGUGUUUGAUGCCCUGCAGCCGCACAACACAGACGCUGAGGCAACGAUCUUCUUCACCAGGCUGAUAGAGUCCAGUCUGGGCAGCGUGGCCACCAAGUUCAACUUCUUCAUCCACAACCUCGCCCAGCUGCGAUUCUCUGGUUUGCCGGCCAACGACGAGCCCAUCCUGUCUUUCUCCCCCAAGACGUACACUCUGAAACAGGAGGGCCGCAUCAUCCACGCCUCCAUCUUCUCCUUCCAGAAGAGAUACAACCCCGACAAGCACUAUACGUAUGUGGUGAGGCUCCUGAGGGAAGGUCAGAAUGAGCCCCAGUUUCUCUUCCGCACUUUUGAUGAGUUUCAGGAGCUCCACAACAAACUCUCCAUCCUCUUCCCCCUCUGGAAGCUGCCGAGUUUCCCUAACAAGAUGGUGCUCGGUCGCACCCACAUCAAAGAAGUGGCUGCCAAGAGGAAGCUGGAGCUCAACAACUACACCCACAACCUGAUGAGAAGCUCCACAGAGGUCACACAGUGUGACCUGGUCUACACCUUCUUUCAUCCAAUUGCACGGGAUGACAAGACUGACGGCUUACCUAAAGUACCAGAGCCUCCACUGAGUCCCACUUCUGGUCGGGUGGAAGGAGAAGUGAAGCUUUCGAUCUCCUACAGGAACAGCAAUCUCUUCAUCAUGGUCAUGCACAUCAGAGAUCUGGUUUCUGAAGAUGGAACAGAUCCCAACCCGUAUGUGAAAACCUACCUGCUUCCAGAUCCACACAAGACUUCCAAACGCAAGACAAAGAUCUCGAGGAAAACCAGGAACCCUACUUUCAAUGAGAUGUUGGUGUACAGCGGCUACAGCAAGGAGACCCUGGGCCUGCGGGAGCUUCAACUGAGCGUGCUCAGCGCCGAGUCGCUGCGUGAGAACUACUUUCUGGGCGGCAUCACGCUCAGACUCAAAGACUUUGACCUCACUAAGGAGACGGUCAAGUGGUACAAACUCACGGCCGUCCCCUACUUCUAAAAACCCCGCCACCUGCCUCUCCCGAAGCCGGGAACGACUCCGCGUCUCCACACAAACGCUGCAUUCUAAUCAUAUGGGAAAGGUGGCAGAUUACUGGAAAAUAGUGUUCACUGCAGUUUUCAGUUCAUUCAAAUAAUACUUCAGGAUGGAGGAUUUCUGACUUCAUCAAAUUUGAAGUAUAAGCAGUGAUAUUUUCAUUUCAAAUUUAAUGAACCAAAUGGACCGUUUCUUUUACAAGAUACAUGUUCUAAUAAGUAUUGUUAAGACAUCAUGGCAGAAUACAGCUGAACCACUGAUCAGUAACAACUUGAUUCUUCAGAAUUUCAUCAUGGUAGCCUUGCAGCUUCAAUCAAGCUUGAACACCAUCAAGUCAUUGCUUAUAAUAAUGAUCAUGUUGCUUAAGCGGUUCUUCCCAUAUGACAUGAAUGCAGACUCAAAAACUCCUUCAGACGCACCCUGAAAGGGCGACCGAACAGGCCGAUUCACAGACCCUCAAAGGGGAGCCUGCUCUCCACUCUUCACUAUUUCUCCCUCUUAAACUAAUCAAGAUUGUUUCUGUGACAAACAAUCUCCGCUUAUUUUGUCUCUCUUUUUCCUAAACUAUAACGAAGAGCUGUAAUGUUUUGUACAUUUUGAUAUUAGAGGACCAAAACGGCUUACUUUCAGAAGAGUAUAUAUAGAUUGACACAUUUAUUUUUUAAGGAAUAGAAAAGGGGGGCUCAUUUUUACAUUUUCCUUGUUUAUUUUCUACAUAUAGACAAAUAGGAGGCGUCAGGGUUUCCUGCUUUGCAGCAGACACUUCUGGGUAGAGUAGUCCAACACACCAGAUUCCAGGAGAUCAACAGUGACCUUAAGAUUCCCCAAAAAUGUGCCAAAAUGUAAUGAGAAGGACGGCAAAUCAAACCACUCUCCCAAGUAGGGAGCUGAACAGGGUGCCUUUGUUUGUGCUCACAAUCCCUUUUUAAUGCUCAACUUGGCCUUAUUGCUAUAUAUGUUUUAUUAACAAUGUGAUAUGUCCUUAUUAAAAAAAAAAAAUCUAUAUUCUAUAUCAGUAGUUCUGCCAGAGCAAGUUUGGUGCCGGACCGGCACCAUAAAGGUUUUUUGUAACAGUGGACCGCCACUAAAUGCACACUACCAGGUCUCUCUCUCAUGUUAUUACUUGACUAUUUUCACACAGCACACCUUAAAGGGGAAUUUGUAUCAUAAGCUUUGGAACACGCUCUUGUCUGUGCUCUGGAUGAAGAGAUUACGGUUGCCCAAUAACGCUGAUCACAAGUCAGUUUGGUGUUUUCUUCAGGUGGUUCAAAACCACAGUUCAGACUUUUCAAAAUGCAGUUUAUGGACUGAGUUAAAACUGGAGUAUGGACGUGAGGCUGUCUUGAGGCAGCAGUACCACACUCACCCUAAGAGUGGUGUAAUGACGCCAUGAUGAGUAACUGGGUGAAAUGUUAGCAAUAGCUUAAACUGCCGGUGAAGUCCAGAUCCAGCCAGGUUUUAUGAUAUUUAAGCGAGAAAACAUUCUGAAUUUUGAGGAAAUGCCAGGAAAACUGAACACGGAUCAGCACCGAAAAGGCAACUUUAACUUAAAACGUCUUCACAAAAAAGGGAACAAGAUUCUGAGCAUGAGCUGCUUUCCUUCUCCACUCGCUAACUAUAAAUCUAAAGUUGUUAUUAAUGUUUAAUAAAGAAAAUGAAUUUAUCUGAAAAGGUUUUUUUAAGAGAAGAUCUACAAGACGAUUAUGAUCUAAGAGCAUCACUCACACUAUGAAUAUUAGUGACCUGAUCCACUCUUUUAGUGACUGUACAGAGAAAGCAAGCAGAGUUUGUAUUAACAUGGCCAGUUAUUUAUUCUUAAUUGGUGACCUGUAACCUGAAUGGAUCAGUGUGUACUGUAAUCCCUCUUUCCUAAAGCAAAUUAAAUGUUUUUGGAACAAAAAUUGUGUUUCUGUUGUAUAACAUGUGUUGGGUGUAGUUGAAUUGCAUGAAUUACAGACACUGAGCACCGGCCGUCUGCUUAAGUUGUAUUUUAUGGAGAAUUCCCCAUCUGCAUUCAGCUGUCUGCCCAAGGACAUGUGGACAUGUGGAGAUGGUGAUCGAACCACCAAACUCUCUCUACCACCUGAGCUACAGCCGCACCAUCUAAGCAUGAAACUGAAAUAGUGCUACUCUAAGUAGUUUGGUUUAAAAAAAAAAAA